GGUUUGACAGCCUCUUCCAGGGAGCUGCAGCUGUCCCGGCUCAUCCAGGGCACCCCGACUUGUCCAGGGCAUGGAGCGGUCAAGAACGAGGACACCUUCAAGACCUCCCCAUUUCAUUUUGAUCUGUGGUUCUACUUCACUCUGCAGAACUGGGUGCUGGAUUUCGGGCGUCCCAUUGCGAUGAUAAUCCUACCUUUGGAGUGGUUUCCUCUAAACAAACCGAGUGCUGGAGAUUAUUUCCACAUGGCUUACAAUGUCAUCACGCCAUUUCUUCUGCUAAAGCUCAUCGAGAGAUCCCCCAAGACCUUACCGAGAUCAAUGGUCUACGUCAGCAUCAUCAUGUUUGUCAUGGGAGCCAGCAUCCACUUGGUCGGAGACUCCGUAAACCAUCGCCUGAUUUUCAGUGGCUACCAACACCAUCUGUCUGUAAGAGAGAAUCCCAUCAUCAAGAACCUGAAGCCAGAGACACUGAUUGAUUCCUUUGAGCUGCUGUACUACUACGAUGAGUAUCUGGGUCAUUCGAUGUGGUACAUCCCUUUUUUCCUGAUACUGUUUAUAUAUUUCACUGGCUGGUUUCCCCCCGUUGAAGAGGAGGCCUCCGUGGCACUUGGUGUCUGCUCCCCUUCCAAGGCCGCCGUUCGACACGUCCUUGAUGAUUUUGGGGUGAUCGCCCAGUGCCUGCAGCGCAUCCGCCUGGUCUUGGGUUGUUGGUAUCUCGUGACGGAGGGUCAGAUUUUCAUCCUCUACAUUUUCACUUUCUUUGCCAUGAUGGCUUUAGUGAUGCACCAGAAACGCAAAGGACUCGUCCUGGACAGCAAUGGGCUUUUUCUCUUCUACUCCUUCAUCAUAACACUGGUCCUCAUUGCUGUUUGGGUGGUUUGGCUGUGGAAUGACAAAAUUCUCAGGAAGAAGUACCCUGGUGUGAUCUAUAUCCCUGAGCCGUGGGCAUUUUACACCCUGCACAUGAACAACCUCCAUGCAGCAAAGGAAAGUUUAUAAGUUUUGAUAUUUUAGAGUGGUUUGAAGAAAAAAAGAAAAAAAUCUAGUUUUUCUAAUGUAGAUGUAUUUCAA